AUGCUGUUCACUCUCUUUCAAGCUCUCACGCUUUUGGUUAUCAGCGCCAUGGCACUAUCCCCACGAGACGCCAUUCACACAAAUGAUAUCGAUCGAUAUGACUCGUUUGUCAAAGAUUUGGAAUUGUUGGACGACCAUUUUCUCGACAUGUACUUGAACAACGGCACGGUCACCAUCGACGUCUAUCAACACCCUUCCAACGACCUUACCCGAACCGAGCUCUUUGCUCCAAGCUCCAAUGCACAGCAGUACUUUGACCAAGAAAAGGCUGCUGCCGAUGAAAUCCUUGGAUCAGACUCCCAAGGCGACAGAUCUUUGGCAGAGCGAGGCCCAUGCGGCGCUGGCCCAGGACCGCAUCCCGAGGCGAGAUCCGAGGAUUCUGUCGGAUUGGAGAAGCGUCGCUCGAAUUGCUUUCAAUUCUGUGGCACAAUUGCCAACUGCCGCGGAAAUAAUGGGUGUCCACACUGCUACGCGGUUCGACAAGGCUGUCUUUGGCAGAAAUGGUGUCGCUGA